UUUCUACCAACCGCUAUUCUUCCAAUCAGGACAACCAUCGCCAAACCAACCCCAGUGUUAGUGCCGGGUUAAUCGCGGUACUUUUGUUCCUUGCGCAGUAAGCACAUGCUUACCAAGUCCAAGCCCCUGCCUGGCCUUGGGAUUCUCAGGCUUGUCUCGGUGUCUCCCUGGAUAUAUAAACAUGCCGCGCUCCCGCAGCUUAUCCGGCUGAGCUCCUCCGUACAGACUAGUGAUAUCGCAGACUGAAACAGGCGCAAACUGGGCCCUACCUAGUAGCCGGUACCGUCGGAAAGGCUGUGGACUACCUUUAUCAGUUUUCUCCUCGACGCGCUACCAUUCGUGCCAGCCGACUACAAUCCAUCCCAUCGCCCCCUUCCACUCUCUCCUCUUACUCCUUAUUACUCAUUGUUUAGAGCAUCCCUAUCGACAGACUUCCCUCUUUGCCAAAUACUCUCAUAAUGCUAGCGCAAUCUAUUAAGCUAUGACUAUUGGCGCCCCCGUUCUCGAUGCGGGCCCUUCCGGCAACAAGGGGACACAGUCAGUCGUGGAGGACGUCCUCCAUCCCAACUCAGACAGCAGCGCAACGCUGGAGGUGGGGAAAACUGCCCUCUUGACUCUGGCAGCUGAUGCGAUUAUUGUUACAGAUGAAGGGCUGAGGUCAAAGUCACAACGCCGUUGCUGCAGUUUUCCUAUUCCUCAGUCUUCAGGAACACUGACGACGCGAUCUAUUCCGUAUACCAAUAUCCUCUGGGCUGAGGUUUCUCAUGACUAUAUUACAAUUGAAUAUGCCCACCAAGUUACUAACACAGAUGUCGCCCUCCGUUCAGUAUAUUUUCCAGUCAGCCUCGAGCAGAAAUCAAAAGCCGAAACGUGGACUGAGAAACUUCUCGACUUAGCGUACGGCAAAGCGCAGCGGCAGAAACGGAUUAAAGUCCUCAUAAACCCCUUUGGUGGAAAAGGUCGCGCUGCAAAAUAUUACUAUAAACACGUAAAGCCCAUUUUCGCUGCUGCGAAGUGCCGAGUGGAUGCCGAAUUGACAAAUUACCGAGGACACGCAGUCGACAUAGUGGAGAAACUUGAUGUCGAUGCAUAUGACGUUAUCGCGACUUGUUCGGGAGACGGCAUACCUUACGAGGUGUUCAAUGGCCUAGCCAAGAAACCAAAUGCAAGCGAAGCUCUGCGGAAAAUCGCUGUAGCAAACCUACCGUGCGGAUCAGGGAACGCAAUGAGCUGGAAUCUCAAUGGAACAGGUAGUGCCAGUCUUGCGGCUCUGUGGAUUGUCAAGGGUUUGAGAACGCCCCUUGAUUUAGUAUCCAUCACUCAAGGCGAUAAACGCACAGUGUCGUUUUUAUCUCAGUCCUUUGGUAUUGUAGCUGAAUCAGACCUGGGAACCGAAAAUAUCCGGUGGAUGGGCCAAGCGCGCUUCACAUACGGAUUCCUAGUACGACUUUUUGGGAAAACAGUCUAUCCCUGCGACCUGGCUGUUAAGGUUGAACUCGACAAUAAAGAACAGAUCAAAGAUCACUACCGCGCCGGUUCAGAAAGAAAAAGCUUUGAGCAAUUACGCGGUGAAGAAUCAUCAGACUGUGUCGGUCUCCCACCCCUCCGCUAUGGCACCGUAAACGAUCCACUCCCCGAAGGCUGGACUCUGGUACCACACGACAAACUGGGAAAUUUCUACGCAGGAAACAUGGCAUACAUGGCUGCGGACGCCAACUUCUUCCCUACCGCUCUCCCCAACGAUGGGUGUAUGGACCUCAUCACAAUUAAUGGCGAUAUCAGUCGAAGGACUGCUCUUCAAAUGCUUAUGGCUGUUGACAAUGGCACACUCUUCGAUAUGCCCGAGGUCAAUGUGCGGAAAGUUACAGCCUACAGAAUCAUCCCCAGAGACCGGAAGGAUGGAUAUAUCAGCAUUGAUGGGGAGCGGGUACCGUUUGAACCAUUUCAGGCGGAAGUUCAUAGGGGCCUUGGAACCGUACUAUCCAGAUCUGGGUACAGAUAUGAGACUAUCGGUUUGAAGUGAGGACGAUCAGUGAAAUUCCAAGAUUUUCAUCGAUUUUUCUCUUAACUUUUUUUUAUCCCUUUCCUUUCACUUUCCCUUUUCUUCCCCCUGAGAUAAUGCUGUUUCUACAUAUCCCCCCUAUCUUAUCUUUAUUCUGCGAUACCUUAUCCUUUUUUGUAUUCCCCCAAUGCGAUGCAUUAGACUAUGGGUUUGAGUUUUCUAUAUGGUCUUUUGUUGUGAUAAAACAUCCAUUCCUUUUUUCCUAAUAUUUUUCCUCCUUGGCUACUUCACUUCCCUUCUUCUCACCGAUGUCACCAAAGUUACCCUUAUUCACUCCACCAAUCCCUCAGCCAAACACCCCUUUUAGAAACAGGAUCGUUCCGUCCUUCCUUCUCCUUCUCCUUCUCAUUCUUUUCCAAUUUCCAUUUUAUUUAUAUAAGCAUUCUGUACACUGCGUCCCAUUCUUUGCAUUUCUUUUUUCUCUUAGCUGUGGAUAAACACCUAGCGAUAAGCACAGGCUUUUUUUCAAAUUCUUUUUUCAUGAAGAGUGAAUUGUACGGGAUGGUAGGAUUCGUUUCUCAAUAGGUUUAUUGAGUGUGGUGGUACACUUCUUUUCCCUUUUUUCGCAGCGCGAUUUUUCCUUUUCUUCGAGAUGGCAUUUCACACACCCCUACCCUCCCCGGGGAACCGGGCGAGGAAUCUAUCUGCCCAAACUACAUUAGUUGAAAGACAUGGGCUAGUGCUCUUGUUCUCGCAUGUAUCUAAUGCUCUUCUAUGUAUAUAUUCUUUACAUGACUAGAACAUCCAUACAUGCUCAUUCAAGGGGCUGGGUAGUGGAUACAGAUAGGAAAUGUGAAAUAACUAACUAACCCCUUCUAUCAUGGCAAAGGGGGUUACCUAGUCACAUUUAACACCACAAAAGUUCUAAAGAACAAGGCCAAAUAAACACCGGCAAAUGAAUGAUUCAGAAUAAUAGAAAGGGAAAAAAAAAAAAAAAAAAUCACCCAUCAAUGCCUCCCCAUUCUUCCUCAUCGUUGUCGUCGUCGUCGUCGUCAUCGUCAUCCUUCUUCUCCCUCACCCCCCACUCCACCAACCUCUCAUCAUCUAAUACCUCCCCAGCCCGCUUUCUAACCAGCUUCGAAAUGCUCUUCCGCUGAAGCCCAACAAUCGGACGAAGAAGUAACUCCAUCGGCACCCCCUGUUUCAACCGCUUCUUCGUCUUCUUCUCCUUCGUACCAUCAUUAUCCCGCCCCUCAGCAUCAUCAUCAUCAUUGCCAUCCUCCUCAGUGUCCCCCUCAACCUCAACAACAGCAACCUUCUCAAUCUCAUCCAGCCAAAUAUCCAAUAAAUGAUACCGAAGCCCAUCGGGACCCUUAUGCAUUCGCACAGCAGGGUCCUCGGCGCCAUCGUCACCAGCCGGGUCAAAAUUAAUAGGACACAGCGGGCCCUCCUCCAGCAUAUCAAGGUAUAUCCCUAGCUCCUUCCAGACCCCCGAGUCACCCGACUCAGCAUCCGCCUCCCCAUUUUCAUCCACCUCCCCACCCCUCUUUCGCUUCCCUAGACUCCCUUUCUUCUUGCCAGCGCUCUUCUCUUUCCCUGUCCCGUUCCCUUUCCCGUUCCCCUGCCCCUCCUUCGCUUCCCCCUCUACCCCCGCCAGCCCCUUCUUCAAAAACACAUCAAACGCAACACCCACAUAACACCGUAUCAGAUAGAGAUAUUUAUCCAGCCGCAGUCUAUCCAGCGAGUGGAAGUCACGCGACAUGGUUAUCCAGAAUGCGCGCAAGAAUGGUUGGAGGGUUUGUUCAGGGAGAGAGGGGACGAGGGCGUAGGAAAGGGAGCGGGAGAGGGAUUGUUGGGUGAGAGGGCGGUCGGAGUGGUAGAAGCCUGUUGAAAAGGGAUUUCAUAUUUUUGGUUAGUAAUUGGGUGGAUUGGGGUUGGCGGGUUUUUUCAUUUGGCGUUCUCAAUUUUGGAAGACCCGGAGGGGGAGGAAAAGUCCGAAGGGGGCGCAUACAGUAAAAUAACCCCUUCCAUAUCUUCAAUAG